CAUAGACUUGGCACCACACAGGAACACCAAUGAUCAUUCUGAGCUUUAUAGGCGGUUCUCCACAGACUUGAAUACAACAUCACUAACAUCAUCCACAUAUAGAAGCAUGAUGCGAUCUUUGAAUGCUGCACAAAUGGAAGUUGUCCGCGUCCACCGGAAGUGGUGUAAAGAUUCAAUAUACGCACUGCAACAUGACCAACCGGUACCGCAGUACACUCUCUUUCUAAGCGGCCCCGGCGGUGUUGGGAAGAGCCAUGUCAUCAAGAUAAUACACCACGAAACCAUAAGGCUUCUGCAACGGUUGUCCGGACAUUACGAUCCCGACGAACUCUCUGUUCUGAUCACGGCAUUCACCGGAACAGCAGCAUUCAACAUCAAUGGGAUGACUUUACACUCGGCUCUCGGGUUUGGUGGUGGUCCGAAGAAGAGCAACGAAUACAAGCCUGUUGGUAGUGAGAAGUUACAUAAUCUCCGCUUACGCCUUGGAAAAUUGAAACUUCUGAUCAUAGAUGAAUGUUCGAUGUUAGGUUCAGAUCACCUUUAUCACACCCAUCGUCGCCUGGAGGAUAUUUGUGGCACCUGUGACCCUGAUUCAAGGUUUGGAGGCGUCAGCAUUCUGGCCGUGGGCGACCUCUUCCAGCUGCAACCCGUGGGACAAAGGCAUGUGUUCGACCUGCCUACUGACAGUUAUGCCAAAUUACACGGAUCACUAUGGGAGGAGAACUUCACCAUGAUGGAACUGACAGAAUGUGUGCGGCAAAGAGAAGACCAAGACUUUGCACAACUCUUACUUAGAAUGAGAACAGCUGAAUGUACGGAAGACGACAUCACCGUGUUAAAGUCGAGGAUCAUCUCAAAAACAGAUCCUCAUUACCCAUCAGAAGUUCUACAUGUUUUCAAAACCAACAGGGAAGUUGAUGACCACAACAAAGACCAUCUACAGAAACUUUCGACGCAGCAUUUUCAUAUUCAGGCCAUUGACACAAAGAAAGACAUAUACACAGGCCUCGUAGAUGUUGGUUCAUACAAGACGUCGAACGAUAGAGGUUUAAAAGAAACUGUAUCGCUAGCUGUAGGUGCCAGGGUCAUGGUGACCGUCAACAUCGAUGUCUCUGAUGGAUUGGUUAAUGGUGCCUUGGGGAAAGUAGUUGGCAUUGACAAUACACAAAAUGACGUCCAUACUGUGUUAGUUACAUUUGACAGUGAUCGUGUUGGUAGACAGGCGAUGGCAGACAGUCAGUACAAAGACAGCUACCCAGGCGCAGUGCCCAUUAAGAGACAAACCCUUCCAAUUUUGACUGGCAGUAAACAAUCGGUUCAAGCGCAACGUGCACAAUUUCCACUGACCUUGGCAUGGGGCUGUACCAUUCACAGAGUACAGGGCAAAACACUUGACAGAAUUGUUGUUUCAAUGGACGACAAGAGCAACUUCAGUGACAGGUCAUUGUCAUGUUGCCAUGAGCCGCGUCACGACCUUGACUGGUCUGUACCUUCUAGGUAUUGA